AUGGGCUUCAAGGCCGACCUCACCGCCAAGGUCUGGCGCAUGCUCGGCGCGAUGUACAACGACCUCGACCUGCGCGACAAACUGUUUGGGAUGGCCGCCGCACCGACCACCUGCGUCGAUGCCGGCGCGCAAUUGUUCAACGCCAUGGGGGUUGAGGUGUUGCUGUCGGAAGCCUACAGCGCCUCCCGCCCGGACCUGGUGCAGCUUGAGUUGUUGUCACUGGCCAUCGGCAAGUCCCGCCUUGAUGAGCUGGGCCGGAUCGCCCAUGCCAGGGUCGGGGAGUUGGUCGCCCUGGGGCGCAAGUUUCCGCAAUACGAUGCUGAGGGGCAUCAGGUUCAGUGGCGGGACGCCGCAGGCAACCCGGUGCGGGCGAUUGAUGAGGUGGAAAUUCACCUGGCCUACGUGACGCACCUGAGGGAUCGCCUCGAGCUGCCUUGGCAAUCGCACAGCAUGAGGUUCCUUGAGCCUGACGUCACUGCAUCGAUGGUGGAGGCUGCGUACCUGCGAGUACUCGCGCUGGAGCAAGGCGACUUGCUGCGGGACAGCAUCGUGCAGAUGGAAUUUUGGACGGCUUACCUGCAACGCGCCAAGCCCGAGGCGUUUGUGGGGCUGAAUGGAAAAAUCGAAGCGCUGAACCGUUUGCAGGAGGCCAUGAGCCGCUGGGUGGACAACGACAAUUUGUCGAUCGAGGACAAAGCCGGGCUGACGCAAACCAUCGAUGCAUCGGUGCGUGUGCUCGGCAAGCCCCAAGGCCAGUUUUCGGCCGGACGCGAGAUGACCGAUGACGAGUACACCGGGCUUUUCAUCGAGCUUCGGGACGAACUUUCGACGAUUUUCAAGACCUUGACUGACCAGGUGCUGGUCAGUCGUCGAUCCUCCCGGCUCAUCGCGACCGGAACGUCCGUCAAAACCCUCAUUCAACCUGCAGAGAACCUGAUCAUGUUACCUCGGCAAGGACGCCACUCAUCCGAACUACCGGACCUCUCCCUGUCCAACCAGGAAUUUGGCCUGUUGCCGCAAGAGCAACAGACCUUGAAACGCUACACCCGCGCCAGCCUGCAAUCACAGCAAGUGGUGAGCGAGCGCAUGGCGAACUUGCAGACGGUCGAGGUGUUUGGUCGCUUUACCACCAAGGAUGGCGCGUCGGUCAGCACCUUGUUGAGCGUUGAGCAGUUCAUCAACCUGUGCCGCAGCCUGGAUAUCGGCGCCCAGUAUCAGGCGUAUAUCAAGGGCUUUUUAAAGCCGCAGGAUGCGGCUGUCGACAGCGUCCUGCGCCACGUGGUGACCACCGCCCAAAAGGAUGCCAUGCGGGCGGCGGCGUACCUGGCCCUGGUCAAGCAAGACAUCGAGCCUGACGAUUACGCGAUGGUGUUGAAGGUUAUCGACGGCGAACGCAAUCCCACGCUUGGGGGCAAGCCGGUGUGGUUCUGUGCCUUGAGCGUCAUGGGCUUCAAACUCAAGGGCUGCGUGGUGUUUGAGCCGGUGCAGAAGUACCGUUAUGGCGACGUUUCGAUUGUCUAUGUGCCCCAUGACCCCGAGCAUCCUCAGUUUGUCGACGGUGACAAGCGCCCUUAUUACUUCAGCCGGUUUACCGAGGCGGUCUCGGAUUCAGGUGCCAACCUGAGGGCCGUGGCCCGCUCGCCGGCGUUCCAGAGCGUGUUCGAAGUGACCAAUCCUCUCACGUCGAUACUGCUCAAGCCCCAGGAGUUGCCGCCGGAAAACCCCGCUCCACGGGAAACCGCCCAUGCCCCUGAACUCAAGCCGAUGGUGGUUGCCCGGUACGGCCUGUGGUCGCCUAAUGUCGACCUGUGGGCCGACCUCUACGAAAGCAACCGCGACAAGAUCAUCGCUGAUGCCCGCCACCAGGCCGUGCCUACCGCCGAUGUGGAUGCCAAGGUCCGCGCCCGGAAAAUCGCCCACCUGUGGGAGGGCGGUUUUGCGGUGGUCGGUCUGGUGUCGAUGUUCGUGCCGGUGCUGGGUGAGGUGAUGAUGGCCGUCAUGGUGGAACAGCUGUUGGCCGAGAUAUUCGAGGGCGUGAUGGAUUGGAGCCUGGGUGACCGCGAGGCCGCCCGCCAGCACCUGCUGGAUGUGGCGCAGAACCUGGCCUUGAUGGCGCUGAUGGCGGGCGCCGGCAAGGGUCUGGCACAGUUGCCCAAGGUCGAGACACCGGCGCUGAUCGAUCAACUCAAACCCGUCAGGUUGCCCGGCGGCGAGCAGCGUCUGUGGAAGCCCGACCUUGUGCCCUAUCGCACUGAGGUGAGCUUGCCCGUGGAAUCGCAGCCCAAUGACCUGGGCCUGCAUCGCCAUAACGGCCAGGACAUUUUGCCCCUCGACGGCGGCCACUAUGCGGUCGAGCAAGACCUGGCCAGCGGCGAAUUCCAGAUUCCCCAUCCGACCCGCCCCGAUGGCUACGCCGUUGCGCUGGAACACAAUGGCGCCGGGAUCUGGACCCAUGGCGCCGACGAACCCCUGACUUGGGAUGGUCCGACACUGAUGAAGCGCCUGGGCUACCGUGCCCAGGGGCUGGACGAUGCACAGCUUGAACGCGUACGCGUCGCCAGUGGCGUCGAAGUCGACGAUCUGCGGCGCAUGUACGUUGAACAGGAUCAACCCUCGGCCUUGCUCGGCGAUACCCUCAGCCGUUUUCGCAUUGAACAUGACCUUGAGGUGUUCGCGCAGCAGAUCGCCAGUGAUCGCCCUCAAGACCUCGCCAAAGCGGACUUGCGCCUGCAAUUCAAGAUCAUGCGCGAGCAGGGUUUGUUGCCAGCCAAGCCCCUGUUACGCGUGAUGCUCCGCGGGCUCGUUGACGUAUGGGAAGACCCCGCGCCCGUGGAGGGGACCGCGUCUCGGCAGGUCAUUGUGGUGGAUGAGCCAACCCGCACCAAUGGCUCGCUCCUUGAGUCCCUGCUGACGAUGUACAAAGUCCAGGGCGUGGACCUGAGCGCUGUGCCCGGGACCUCGCAAAUGAGUGUUGCCAAGCGUGCCGGAGCAUUGCGCAAGGAGAUUGCUGCGGAUGCGCAGAGCAAUCGCUUGAUGCUCUUUGAAUCGCUCUACAAACAGCACAAUAGCGGUGCCGACCCGUUGGUCGGGCGUAUCCAGGCGAGCUAUCCACACCUGCCGGACGCGGUGGUCGAGCAACUGCUUGAACAGGCCACCACGACGGAGCUGGACGCGCUCGCCAAUCCCGGCGCCUUGCCGCCGCGCAUCGAUAGCCUGGCCCAGUGGUGCCAGCAGGAGCUGCGCGUCAACCGAGCUUAUGAGGGGCUGCACCUGGAUAUCAGCUCCAGCGUCGACAGCGAGCGGCUGGCGCUGCAUAGCCUGGAAACCCUGCCAGGCUGGCCGGCAAACGUGCGUUUCGAGCUGCGAGAAGGCGGCGCCCGCGGGCGCCUGCUGGAUACGCUUGGGGAGCCAUCGUCACCGCUGCGCGGCGUGCUGGUGGUCAACGAGGGCUCAGGCUUUGCUCUCGACGGAACCGGCGGCCUGUAUGCCUCGGUAUUGAGUGACCUGUUGCCGCAGGAACGUCAGGCUCUGGGCUAUACCCGGCGCGAGGCCGAGCGGCUGAAGCAGAGCGUGCUCCAGGCGCCGAUGCCACGGGAGGCUUUCAGCGCGGUGUUGCACGAGCGGCGUGUGCUCAAGCCCAGCCUGGAGCCAGGCUCCCGCCUGUUGGGCGGCAUGCCUUUGUUUCAGCAGAUGGCGGGCUUGUUCCCCGAUGCGUUCCUGCAAACCCUGGGCGACACGGCCGGCACCGAGUUGACCCGCCUUGAGGCCGAGUUCGCUACCUUGACGCGUGGAUUGGACGACUGGGCAAGGAAACUGGCCGCGCAUGCCGGCAACACUCGAGGCUUUAACGCACGCAGAGACCAGCUGUCCCAACGCCUCAUACGCGCCUGGCAGCGCCAGGGCGACACCACACUGACCCUUAAAAUGGGAACGGAACUACCGCCGCUGAACGUCCCUUUUCCUUACAUUGAGGAACUGGUGCUGGAAGAAUCCUCCUUUAAUGUCAGCGCCGACGCCUUCCUCAAUGGCUUUUCCGGGCUCAAGCGCCUGCGUAUCAAGGACCAGCGGCUGAGCGAGAUCCCGCAGUCCAUCGGCCGGAUGCAGGGCCUGACCCACCUGGACCUCAGCGGUUGCAUGAUCGAGGCAAACGAGGCUGACGUCGUGCUGCUGGAAGGGUUGACCCAGCUGCAAGACCUGAACCUGCAGGACCAGAAUAUGUCCAGAGGCUUGCCGGAUUUCAGCCGCAUGCCCAGCUUGCGACGGAUUAACCUCAGAGGGACCUACACUCGCCAAUGGCCGCCAGGGUUGCGUGAUCAAGCCGACUUGCAACGGGUGGAUCUGCGUGACAACUCAUUGCGCGAGGUGCCUGCGGACGUUCUCAACCCUGCGCCCGAGCAUCUGGAGGCCCAGGCCAAGGCCAAUCGGGUGACCUUGUUGCAGGACAACCGGUUUACCCACGACGUCCAUCUACAGGUCAAGGCCUAUCGGGAGCGGCUGGCCGGCACCCGGCCAGAGCUGUUGGCGGGCGGGCUGGAGAAUGCAUUCACCGUGGCAGACCCACUGGCCACUCGCUUGCUUGAGCUCUACCCCAGCUGGGAUGAGGCGCAGGUCGAGGCGUUUCUGCAACCGCUGGAGACAGCUGAAGCCAGGACGUUGGCUCGGGUGCAAGAGCAUGAGACGUUGCUGCGUCAGCUGUCGUCCUGGGCAUUUUCGGGCGGCGGUGCGACGCAACGCUACGUGCGGUUCAAUCGCUUGGCGCAAGCGGCAGCCACUCGCGAUGAUCGCUACCUGGCGAUGGAGCGUAUUAAGCGUUGCUGGCGCCAGGAGACGGAGCAGAAGCUGGCGAAUGACGGCACCCCGAUCAACUCGAAAUUACACUGGCUCCUAACAAAUGUUUCGAUCGCC